UGCUAGCAUACUUUUGCCGACGCAAACGCCAAUUAUCGCAAAAGUCUCCUCCUUUCUUCUUCCUUUGAUGCUCUGUUUUCUUUCGGAAAAUCCCUCACUCAACUCAAGUGUUAAAUUUGAAGUUUUCCAUAACCUUAGACCAUGAGCAGUCGUAUCGGAUUGCUCGAUCUGGAGAAGCAUUUCGCCUUCUACGGAGCUUAUCACAGCAAUCACGUCAACGUUAUUAUCCACACUCUCUUCGUAUGGCCUAACGUCUUCGCGACCCUCCUUUUCCUCUACUCCACGCCGCCGAUUCUUGAUCCCUCUCGAUUAGGGUUCAUCGAACCGCUGGCUUUUGACGGUGUCCUGCGCUUGGACAUUGGGUUUAUCCUCACUGUGAUCUAUGCUAUCUUCUACAUCUGUUUGGAUAAGAAAUCUGGGUUUUUAGCUGCUCUGUUAUGUUUCUCUUGCUGGAUCGGCUCCAGCUUUCUCGCAGCUCGUCUAGGACAUUCCUUAACCUUGAAGGUUGGAGUAGCUUCUCAGCUCUUAUGUUGGACCGGUCAGUUCCUCGGUCACGGCGUGUUUGAGAAACGAGCUCCUGCGCUUCUAGACAAUCUACUCCAAGCUUUUCUGAUGGGUCCUUUCUUCGUGUUGCUCGAGGUGCUGCAGUCUGGUUGUAGCUACGAGCCAUACCCUGGAUUCAAAGCACGCGUAGAUUCCAAGAUAGAGAGUGAUAUCAAGGAAUGGAGAGAAAAGAAACAGAAGAAGAAGAUCACGUAAGCUCCAAUUUCGUCAGUGUGAUUUUAAAUAUGGUUUGUUGUUUUGUGAAUGGUGUGUAAGAUGAUAAGCACAAUAGGAGGCCCAAGCCCAUUCCUGUAAGUCAUUGUAUGAGCCUGUUUUAUUUCUGGAGAUCAUGAGAAUAAAUAGCGCGAAUCUGCCACGUCGAUAAACUUGUAUCACGAGAAAUUUGAGAAGAUGGUGAAAUUAAAAUUACAAAAAAAUAAAAUCAAAAAGGAAUAAAGAUAAACAAGAAUCGAGGUUGUCAGAAUAGUACGUCGA